AUGAUUGUAAUUCGCGACGACCAAACUAAACAGACACUUGGUUUUAUCGUUAAAUAUGAUUUAGAAGAAGACCUAACCCAAGUUCGGAAGCAAAUUCAGCAACAACUCGGGGCGCUCGUUCACAGUGACUUUAAAUUUAAAUUUUUUGGCUGUUCAAUAUCAUGUCUACAAGAGUGUAAUUACCUUCUUAAACAAUGCAUUUCAAAGACAGAACUAAAAGGAUUCAAAUACGAAAUAUUUGUCAUUAAAAAUAAGUCAGAAGGGAAGGCAUCUGAAACUGUGCAAGUUCUGCGUUCAAAUAGCCCUGUUUCGAUUGGUCAAAAGCCAGAUAUAGAGACAGACGGAUUUUUAGGGUUUAAAUCUAAGUCGACAUCACAAUUUGAAAACAAAACCUUAAAACCAGAAACUGGAACAGAGAGCAAUAGUCCGUUGAUAAGAAGGUAUUCAGUCAAGGAGUUAGAAGAAUGCUAUCCAGACGAGCUAUUUGAAAGAGAGAGAAAACGUUUUUGGAAUCAAAAGGCAGAAGAAGUUGAAAAUGACAUCGCCUUACGCCACUGGGGUGUUCAAGCUUUAAAUCGAGUAGUGGAUGUUGCAUGGACUUUAAAGAAAACUGAACUUCUUCAACUGCAUGUGCAGAAGUGCGAAACUGUAUACACAGAAAUUAUGAAAGACAAUUCAGUACUAAGUAAGUCAAUGAUGGGAAACCUCGACCAAGUUGAAAGGGCGCAUGCGGCAUUAAAUUGUAAAUACAAUGAUUUAUGCGCAGACAAAUGGAUGACGGCAAAAUUACACAAGCAAAUUUGGAUCAAGGUCUGGAUGAAAAAUUCUCUGUAUUGAAGAAAACACAAGCUAAUCUGGUUAAAUCAUAUCAAGCCUUUAUUUCAAAAUGUACUAAGCGAUCUGGGACUGGGGAAGGUAGUUGUGGUUACAAACAUGAAAUAGAAGAUCUGAAACACGAAGAAAUGAACGCACUGGUUGAAGAUGUGUGUGUGGACGGAUACAUCAGCGAGUAA